GCCUCCAGCAAGGAACAUGCAUGUUGCAACACUGACUCCUCCUCUAGUGAAGAAAGAGUGAACAAGUGCACCGAGUUGAGCUUCUUCUUCGCAGAGACACGCGGCUGGCGACUGCGGGAGCAGAGGCUAAAAUCCCCAGACACCGGGUCUUCUGGGCUGGGCUUUCCCCGCCUUCCUGUUCAGUCUUACUCGCUCUUCUCCUGCCUUCUGGAUUUUUACCCAGGGCUCAGGAAACUGCUUCACCUGCAGCAAUAAAGCUCACGUCCAUUGCAGGAAGUGCGCACCGCCUGGUAUGGCAGACUUUUCUCCCCAGCAAAACUGAAGGACACUCCUCCUGUCUCUGAAGGUGAGCACCACAGAUGCUUUGCACAUGAGCCCUAAAGGGAGCCUCUGAUACAUUCCCUGUAGCAAGAAACAGGGGCCAGCAUGCAGGAAAACAUGACAUCUGUCCUUGCUUUCAUCCUACUUUUUCUCAACAUCAGCCUUCUGAAUGGACAAUCACCACCUGGAAAACCUGAGAUCCACAAAUGCCGUUCUCCCGACAAGGAAACAUUCACCUGCUGGUGGAAUCCUGGGACAGAUGGAGGACUUCCUACCAAUUACUCGCUGACUUACAGCAAAGAAGGAGAGAAAACUACCCAUGAAUGUCCGGACUACAAAACCAGUGGCCCCAACUCCUGUUUCUUUAGCAAGCAGUAUACUUCCAUAUGGAAAAUCUACGUCAUCACAGUAAAUGCUACCAAUCAAAUGGGAAGCAGUGCUUCGGAUCCACUUUAUGUAGAUGUGACUUACAUAGUUGAGCCAGAGCCUCCUCGGAACCUGACUUUAGAAGUGAGACAGCUGAAAGACAAGAAGACAUAUUUGUGGAUUAGAUGGUCCCCACCCAACAUAACUGAUGUGAAAACUGGCUGGUUUACAAUGGAAUAUGAAAUUCGGUUAAAGUCCGAAGGGGCCGAUGAGUGGGAGAACCAUUUUACAGGGCAGCAAACACAUUUUAAGGUUUUUGACUUAUAUCCAGGACAAAAAUACUUUGUCCAGACACGCUGCAAGCCAGACCAUGGAUACUGGAGUAGAUGGGGCCAAGAGAAUUCCAUUGAAAUACCCAGGGACUUCACCCUAAAAGAUACAACCGUGUGGAUCAUUGUGGCCAUUCUCUCCGCUGUCAUCUGUUUGAUUAUGGUCUGGGCAGUAGCUUUGAAAGGCUAUAGCAUGAUGACCUGCAUCUUUCCACCAGUUCCCGGGCCAAAAAUAAAAGGAUUUGAUACUCAUCUGCUGGAGAAGGGCAAGUCUGAAGAACUCCUGAGUGCCUUAGGAUGCCAAGACUUCCCCCCCACUUCUGACUCUGAGGACUUGCUGGUGGAGUUCUUAGAGGUGGAUGACAAUGAGGACGUACAGCUAAUGCCCUCUCGUUCCAAAGAGUUCCCAGGCCAAGGUGGGAAACCCACGCACCUAGACCCCGACAGUGACUCGGGUCACGGAAGCUAUGACAGCCAUUCUCUUCUGUCUGAAAAGUGUGAGGAGCCCCAGGCCUACCCACCCGCUUUCCACAUUCCUGAAAUCAUUGAGAAGCCAGAGAAUCCUGAAGCAAAUAUCCCUCCCGCCCAGGACCCCCAAAGCAGCGUCCCCUAUUUUCACGCAGAUGUAUCCAAAUCUUCAACAUGGCCUUUGCUGCCUGGCCAACACAUGACCAGGUCUCCUUAUCACAGCACUGCUGAUGUGGGCAAGCUCGCUGGAGGUCCUGUAGAUACGCUCGCCUCUUUCCUGGACCAAGCAGGAAAACAUCUUCUAAAAUUUUCUAAAACCCUUGAAACUGAAGAGGAAGAGGUGGAGGAGCAUGAGGAGACGAAAAGCUUCCAUUCUAAAACUAAACAAAACGCAUCAUGGCCCCUGCUCCAGGAGAAAGGCCCCAUUGUCUAUGCUAAACCCCCAGAUUAUGUGGAGAUUCACGAAGUCAACAAAGAUGGAGUACUAUCAUUGUUUCCCAAACAGAAAGAAAACAUCCAGAUGGAGAAGCCCGGGCUUCCUGAAACCAGCAAGGAGUACGCCAAGGUGUCUGGGGUUGUGGAUGACAACAUCCUGGUGUUAGUGCCAGAUUCCCGAGCUCAGAACACAGCUUUGCUGGGGGAUUCAGCCAAGAGGGCUCCACCAUCGCUCGAACAGAAUCAGUCUGAGAAAGAUCUGGCCAGCUUGGCUGCCAGCGCAAGCAACUGCAGACUCCAACUGGGCAGGUUGGAUUACCUGGAUCCUACAUGCUUCAUGCACUCCUUUCACUGAUAGCUAGACUCGUGCAACGAUUGGCUAAAAUGUGAUUUCUCUUCAGGUAACACUACAGAGUCAUGGAUGAACGCGGUCUGCUAGCAAAUGUUUCAGGAUGUGGGUAAAAUAACACACUACUUCACUCCUUUACAUGCUCGCAUUUCAGCUCCUGCCUUCCCUCAGCAGCUGGUCUCCAGAACAGUCGAUCGUGUAUGCUGUGAUGUGUAGACUUGCUCUUUGCUAUUAGUAAUAUAUAUGUACAUAUAUAUGCAUAUAUAUGUGUAUAUAUAUAAUGUAUUCAAUGAAAUAAAAGCACAUUGUUUACCAUUCUUGAGGGAUGGUGCCAACAGGUAUAGCCUCUGCAAUAGAUUUGGCUUGUGGUAGAGGUAUAAAACAGUCAAAAUGACUUAGCGUAAGAUGAUGUUGAAAAUGCCACAAAAUAGCUUUUCAAAACGGAUGGCUAAGCCUUUACACUCCUCCUUCAUUUGAUUCGGAUGGUCCAAGUAUAACCCUUUUCUGAACGGAUACAUUCCAGGACACCAGCCAAAUUGUUUACAACAGUCCCUGUACCUUACUGACCCUUUGUCUGUAUGCAAAUGAAAUCAGGUCCCAUUUUUUUUUUCUUAAAGUAAUUUGAGUGUGUCAAGAAUGGUUUAUCCUGCCUAAAUGUUAUUUCUUUCUAAGGCCUCUUGAGUGUAUAGUUUGAGGGAAUAAAAUUUUCUUACAAAAUAAGGCCAAUGAAUUCCACGUGAUGAACCAUUUUCAAAUGUUUUCCUUGCUUCAUUUCAGCAGGACGGAUGAUUCGUUAUACACCCUAAUAUUUUCUUAGUAGAAAACAAACUCCCAAAGACUAAUUUUAAUCUAACCGGUAAUUAUUGCAGGGUGGUAGUAGAAGUGUUGCCUUACUGUAUAUACAAUUUUGCUUUAAUACAAACCCGUAAGUUUAGCACUGUAUUUUUGAAGACUAUUUUUCUAUCACUUAGGUAAAGUAAAGACUAUUUUCUAACUCCCCAGUACUGCUGUUUACGUCUUCAAAGUGGGGGCAGUCAUUUCUGCUGCAAGGUUAUAAUGAGUAUUCCAAGUAUAUAUAAUAUAUGCAGACCAUGUCAGAGAGAAAUGUCAGGCCAACCCCUUGCCCACUUAAGAAUGUGAAGUGAAUGAAAAAUUUAACUAGGUACCAAAGAGUACCAUUUAUCUGAUUAUUUUCUUUAUCUCCAGGACACUUUAAAUAGGAGUCAUCUCUAUUAGGGUUUUAGGACUCUAGACCUGAAAUAUUUCUCCCGUGAGCUUAGGGCUCUGCCCACCUAUGGGUGACUUUUAUGAACCAGGAAAGUGGAGAGUAGUGACCGCUAGCAUAGUUUCCAAGACAGAGAACUGGCUUUGUUUUAUUUACAUUUUUUUCUGAGAAAUUCUGAACACAAAAGGAUUUUAAGCAAAACCAAAAGUCAAGAUCUCUCUGGAAUAAGCGCAUUCGCAAACUCUUGGCAGAGGCUGUGCUCACGUCAAGAACGUCCAGUUAGAAGUUCUAGGAAAUCAAGCAGCUGUCCAGUGAUAACAAGAGCUUCAAAGGUCAGGAGACGGAGACUCUGCAAGAAAACUGCAGGGGCAGGCUUCCUGAGAAGGCUCACAACCUUGUAUCUCCAUCUUACUAGGAGUACCCAGGACUCAUCUACUGCAGUCUGUCUCCCCUCUCCUCUCCAUACCACCUAUCGGCAAGCAAUUCUCUGUCCAUUCACUAACAGGUUAUAGAGACUCUAAACUGCACCUCUUGUGAAGUUCAUCCAACAAGCACAUAUUGGUAGAAAACGCACUCAAGAGAUUCCUUGAUGCCUGAGAGUAAACACACUUUUUUCAGGACUGCAAAUGCAAACCCCUGAAGCCUAUUUUCCCCAAACAUAAACAUCUUGUGGACAACAGAAGCAUUUGGCAAUGCUGUUCAAGCUCCUUCAGUGCCCUGAAUCCUCCAUAGUGAACGUCUGAGGACCAGUUGCUUUGGCACUACUUGGAAAUUUUGUUUUCAGCAUCUCAAGUCUCAUCGAAUACAUAUGGAAUUGGAGUCUGCAUUUUGCUAAAUGCCAAGAUGACUCACGUGCACACUCAAUCUGGAGAAGCAUUGUUUUCUAUGACCAUUUCCAUGAAAGGUUUUUUUGCCCCUCUCUUGGAAAGUAUGGAGCAAGUCUAUUUAACUUGAAAUAAACAACACUGUAUGCAAAGAGAAAGCAUGAAUAAAGCUCUUAUUUAAGAUUUACAUAAUGAUGACGUUUAUAUGAAGUCACGUGAGAGAAUGACAUGCAAAAUACAUACAACUUCCAAGAGGGCCAACGAAUCUAGUUCAUCUUGAAAACUACUGACAAAGAAACUUCAAAAACAGUACAAACUAAGCCUUUCCCAACAUAUUCUGUUCUUCUCCAGGAGAUAAAUAUAUGCAUUUAUUUACAAAUUAUGACCACUAUAGAACUGAUAGUGCAUGUUCUACUCAUAGUUGGAAAUUUAAAAAUCUGCUUCUGAUAUAUAAUUUGCAUAGAUAAAACAUAUGACUGUCUCAAGACAAAUCUCAUCCAACAAAAAUAUACAUUCAUGAAAUAAAAUAAAAUUUAUAGAUCUAUUUGUUUAUUAGAAUCUUUAUGAUAAAAUAUUUUCUGUUGAAAGACAGCUGCUUGAGCGACAGAAUGAAUGCCAGGGCUCGAGACACCUGGGUUCUAGUCCUGCUAUGCCUUGGAAAGUCCAAUUGCCUAUUCUGGAUUUCAGUUUUCCUGACUAUAUUGGACAAAUAGCCAGUAGCCUUGACUCUAUGACUCACUAAGUAAUUUGAGCCGAUCGCGGGCAUCUUAAUUAAGUGGUGAGACAGAUAUAGAAAUGCAGUCACCUUCACCGAUGUGCUCAUUUCUGCUUCACCCUUUCAAAUCUCAGCACCUGUUUGUCUUCAUGCAUUGCACAUACACAGUAUAAGUCAGCCUUUAAGAUCAUGUGCAAAUAUGUGUGCAGAGAUUAAGGUGUCGAGCUAAGAAAGACACAGAAAAUAAGACACUGCUCUUUAGAAAAAUCACCUUUAAUGUGUCAAGUCAUGCUCAUUCCUGCAUGGAGCCAACAGCCUCAAAUCUCUGUUCUUGUAUUUGGUUGUUAGCUGUUUUCCCACCACCAUAUUUUAUGAAUAACCAUUGUACAUGUAGAUUAAAGAACCUUUUGCUCUGAACCACAAAAAAAUUGUAGUUUUGUAAGCAACUUCCUAAGAACUCAUGUUAUGAAGUACGUGGAAACUGAAUAUAUCCCAUGGAUGAUUGAAGGAACUUUGGGACACACAUGGCAAAAUAGUCUAUGACAGGUUUUAACAAAUGCAUAGAAAGAACUUCAAUAUGAGCACAACUUACCAUCAGCUGUGUCACUGAUUUUUAAUAGAUGAUACAUUCUCCUAAGUGCCUGAGACCAGUUCUGGUAGUCAGUUGUAGGUUAAUGAUUCGUUGUAAACUCGUCUGAGGGGAAGCAGGCAAGCUCCUGCUGCGUAUGUCAGCUCAAACCUGGGAGACGCUUUGCUUGACACGAUCCAAGAGAACUGGUGAAUUGUCAGUUAAUGAGCAAUCAAAGGACCUGAGCUCCAGGGGAAAGUCUGCCCAAACAGAAACCUAGAUUCUUUCUUUCUCAUUUUUCUUUUAAUUCGGCUUCCAUCUGCUGUCCCAUCAUUUGCAAAAUGACUUGGUCUGCCUUCAGCAACUUCAAUCUCACACAGACAAGAAAGAAACAGAUCUGUAUGUUUUACAAAGUGCCUUUCUUUACCUUUUUUUUUAAAAAAAAAAAAAGCCUUCAUUUUGGAAGAAAAGUGCAUUGAUUGGAAAGUGAAUUUUACCUUAAAUGGAUUUCUUUUAACUAAACAGAGAGAUAAAGAAAAGAGCAGCCAGAAAAAGGGAUGACAAAAUGAGCUAAAGACUAACCAGCAAAAUAUGCAGAGAUUUCUGUGUGUCGUUUAAUUGAAUCGUCGCAGAACUGAAAGGAAUAGUGUCAAUCACUUUGCCUAAGUGUGAUUGGAGAUAAGCCUGCCAGCCCAUGACUCAAAACUUUCCAUUCUGAAACAAAAUGUUGAUGCGCUCUUGAAUGACACUGGAUCGUAUGCCAAGCCCUGCAGAGGACAAGAUGUAUACUUUGGAGCUCUGUACAUAGACGGAAAAGUAGUAAUAACGUUGAAUUAUCCCCCAGUUUGCCAUGGAUGAAAGCCUUGUGUGUACUUCAUUGAACCGGGUUUCUUUUCUGACUUUUGGCUCAAGCACAACAUUGAUGCUGCUGAGCCUUCCAUGUCCAGUUCUAGGUUGCAUCACUGUUGCUAACGAGGCUGCAUGACCCUGAUCCUCUCUUCUGAUUCUGGCCACUGGUCUCUUCUCUUUAGUUAAGUAGAUUGACACCCUCAAAAAAAAUGUUUCUAAGACUUUUUCUAGGUCUGUCUUUGAGUUAAUUUUCAUGAAUUAUGGAAAAUCUAAGACUACAGAUGAAAAGUCCAGAUUCCACUACUGACAUGCCCUUGACCUAGGCAGUGGAUGCCUGAGACUGUGUGUAGAAAUACUUAGCAGAAAACUGAGAUCCAUUUCUCCAAGUUAGGUAGACCAGAACCCUUGCGUCUCUGCUUCUUUCCGUUCUGCAUAAUUAAAAACCUUCUCAGUCCCUCUAUCCGGGACCUGUUAUUCUCCCUAAAGAUUAAAAAUGUAGAGUAGUAGUAAACUUGGGGUCAACAGGAACAAAAUUAUCCAUAAACAUGAAUUUAGAUCUUUAUAAGAUGGACCAAUUGUUAAAUCUUCCCACAAACACAAACCUGAACUGAAAUCAUAAGUAAAACUCCAUUUAGAUACAUACUUGCUUAAAGAUUCAACCUGGUAACUUGUUAAGAAAUCUAAGCUAUCUUGAUGAGUAGGUAUUGACAGUCUUAAAGAGAAACUUUAAAAUACAGGCUUUUUGCUUCAGAGUUUAUGAUCUAAUUAUAAUUGCUUAUAAUCUACUUAUAAUUACAAUCCUUUCUUAUGAUUAAUUAGACAUGUCACCCAUGAAUCACAUGGGAAUUUUCUCCUCAGUCUUUUAUUUUCCAAGAAGGUAACUUUGGGUUUGAGCUCUGCAUGGUAUCAGCUUCCAGUGGAGGGAAAGGGUAGAAGAUGGAACGUGCCAAAGUGUGAGACAUAUCAGAAUCCCACGAAAUGGAGAGUGUACAUCAAUUCAUUUCUAACUGAAAAUGGUAAAUCUACAUGCAAUUAUGAGUUAAUUGCUAAGAGACAUACACAACUCAUAAGACCAUGAGCUGACAGCUCUCCUGUUCACACCACCUCCUUUUAUUUCAAGUUAGAAGGCACUGAGACACGUAGAGUAGAAAGACACCCAUCUGGAUGGUCUAGCCAAUGAGCAAAGGGACUCACAGGUCAGCUUGGGAUAUUAAUUAAUCUUUAUCUACUGCCAUUUAAAAAGAGAAGAAAAAACUUAAAAGCCUUUGUACUAUCAAACAUAAACUUUAAUAGUUAUGGUCAAUUUAUGCCCACCUAGAUAAACUUAAAAAUACAGGCUUGGUUUGUCUGUACACAUUUUGCAAAUUGGAAAGGCAGCCUUUUUACCACAUUAUCAAAAAUGGAAAAAAAACUAUAUAGCAAAAAUACCUCUGAAAAUUAUUUGUUUUACUAAAUUCCUGAGGAAAGUAUUUUGAAUUUUUAAAACUACCUCCCUUCCCCAUCCUAAUGACUUUCCUUCAAAGCUGCUUAUAGUUAGGAAUGAAAGAUACCACAUCUUAUCUUUGGACUGGUGUUGAUGGAAUAUUUGUUAUAUUUCUCAUGUGACACUCCUAAGUAUAUGUUAUUUUACACUAUAUUGCUUUUUGUGGUUCAAAACCAGUAUACGCCAUAUUGAAAUCCUCAUGUUGUAAAUUUACCAUGUAAUACAAAUGAAAAUCAUUAUUUAAUGACUUACAAUCUAAUUGUAUCUAAUUUCAGUAUAGUUAUGUCUAUGUCUAUAAAACAAAAUUUAAAAAUCUGUAAUCGUAUAUGCAAUCAUAUAUUUCUGUUGAAAACUGUGAAUGUUCUGAUUUUUCCUUCAUCUUUGUCUGUAAGUGAUACUGUAUGUCAUUGUAUAGCUGACCUGAGCUUCGAAUGUGUUUAAAGUACAAUCCACCAACUAGUGAAAUGUCAACCUUUGGCUUUGCUUCGUGUCAUUUCGGUGUGUUCUUUGCACCUUGAGACUUGCUUCUGUGCUCAAUCAAUAAUUUUAAACAAUGUGAGAGUCUCAUAUAAACCAAAGCAAUUCAGACACA